UUCUACAACUCGCUUCUCCUUCGUCAAUCUUCAGUCUAGCCUCUCUCAUUCCUACUACUAGCAGACGAUCCAAACCCUAACACACUUCUCAACCUUCGCCAAAAUCUCCUGCGCUGAAUGAAAGCCUGCUGUAAUGAUCUACUGGCACAAAGUUACCGCCUUUGAGUCUUGCUGAUCAGUUCCACAGCCCCUUUAUGUUGAUUGUCCUGAUUUAGUAGGAAUACUUUGUAAAAAGAAGAAAAGAACGAUUACAACCCUCAAAUUUUGUAAUUUGUAAAUGAUGCAACAUUUUAUAUUAGUUUCAGAUAUUUUGACAGAAAUAUGUUGACCUGACUUGGAUUUAUCUCUUCUUUCCUCUUGUUUGGUCUGCUAUAUAUAACUGCAGAGUUUUUGGGUUUCUAAUUUUGUAUUGAUUACGUAUUCAAAAGAAUUUUGGCAUCUUUAAGUUGCAUUGUUUGGCUGCCUGAACUCCAAGAAAUUUGUUUUGCUGAAAAAUGGAGAGCUUGGCACAACUCGAAGUGUUGUGUGAGAGACUUUACAACUCACAGGAUUCUGCUGAACGAGCACAUGCAGAGAACACUCUCAAAUGCUUCUCACUAAACAGCAGCUACAUCUCACAGUGCCAAUACAUAUUAGACAAUGCAUCAACACCUUAUGCACUAAUGCUGGCUAGUUCAAGCUUGUUGAAGCAAGUGACAGAACAACACCUAUCUUUGCAGCUUCGGCUUGAUAUUCGAAACUAUAUUAUAAAGUACCUGGCCACAAGAGGACCUGACUUGGAGCCUUUUGUAACUGCAUCUUUAAUUCAACUGUUUUGCCGGGUUACAAAGUAUGGGUGGUUUGAAGAAGACAGUUUCAGAGACGUGGUUAAAGAAUCAACAAACUUUUUGAAUCAGACACCAUUGCAUUAUGCCAUCGGUUUGAAGAUAUUGAAUCAGCUCAUCUCUGAGAUGAAUCAGCCAAGUCCUGGGUUGCCAUCUGCACAGCAUCGUAGGGUGGCUUGCUCCUUUAGAGACCAAUCACUUCUUCAAAUAUUUCAAAUAUCCCUUACUUCACUGUCACAACUGAAGAAUGAUGUUGGUGGCAAGUUACAAGAACUGGCAAUUGCACUAUCUCUCAAAUGUUUGUCUUUUGAUUUUAUGGCGACAACAGUUGAUGAAAGUUCAGAAGAUUUUAGCAAUAUUCAGAUACCAUCUGCGUGGAAGCAAAUCCUUGAGGAUCCCUCAACAGUACAGAUAUUUUUUGAUUACUAUGAAAUCAAUGAAUCUAAUGUAUCAAAGGAGGCUUUGGAGUGUCUGGUUCGCCUGGCUUCUGUUAGAAGAUCAGUGUUCUCAAGUGAUGAUGCUAGGAUGAAAUACUUGUUGCACCUAAUGACAGGAACCAAAGAUAUUCUCCGAACAGGGAAAGGACUUACACUUCAUGAUAAUUACCAUGAGUUUUGUCGUCUUCUUGGACGUUUUAAAGUAAACUUUCAGCUGCAAGAGCUUGUAAUUGUUGAAUGCUAUGGUGAUUGGAUACGUCUAGUGGCUGAAUUUACUCUGAAAUCUCUACAGUCGUGGCAGGUUGCCAGUUUUUUGUUGAUCUUGAGAAAUCUUUUCAUACAUUUGACAUUGUUUGUCAUUGAUCCUGACUUCCUGGAACAUCUGAUGAUAUAUCAUCUUUCUCAUCAGUGGGCCAGCAGCAGUGUUUACUACCUCCUUGGACUCUGGUCUAGGCUGGUUUCAUCUGUACCAUAUUUGAAGGGGGACACUCCAAGCUUGCUGAAUGAGUUUGUACCUGAGAUUGUCAAGUGUUUUAUCACAUCGAGAUUUGGUUCUUUUCAGGCAGGACUUCCUGAUCCCUCAGAGAAUCCCCUUGAUAAUGUAGAGCUUUUACAGGAUCAGCUUGAUUGCCUUCCUUACCUUUGCAGAUUUCAGUACGAGAGCUGUAGCUCAUAUAUUAUGCAGAUUACAGAUCCUCUUCUGCAGUUGUAUAUGGAAGCGGUUGAUCUCCAAGUCAUUUCUGUUGUUGAAACUAAACUUGCUUGGAUAGUGCAUAUAGUUGCAGCUAUUGUUAAGACAAAACAACUCAGUGGUUACAGUGGGGAAUCACAAGAAAUCCAUGAUGCAGAACUUUCAGCACGUGUUCUUCGGUUGAUAAAUAUCACUGAUAGUGGUUUGCAUACUCAGAGAUAUGCUGAAACAAACAAACAGAGGCUUGACAUUGCUAUUCUCAUCUUCUUUCAAAACUUCAAAAAAUCAUAUGUUGGAGACCAAGCAAUUCAUUCAUCUAAGCAGUUAUAUGCUAAAUUGUCUGAACUUCUUGGGCUUCACGAUCAUAUGCUCAUCUUAAAUGUCAUCGUGGGAAAGAUUGCAACCAACCUUAAAUGCUAUGGCGAGAGUGAUGAAGUUAUUGAUCAGAGUUUAAAUCUCAUGUUGGAAAUGGCUACUGGAUAUAUGACUGCAAAGCUUCUUUUGAAGUUGGAUACUACUCAGUUAAUAAUCUCCAACUGUAAUAGGGAACAGUUUCCCUUUUUAAGAGAUUACAGAAGCUCACGCAGUAGAACAACGUUCUAUUACAUAUUGGGCUUGUUGAUCUUCAUGGAAGACAGCUUUUUGAAAUUUAAAGCAUCAAUGGAUCCACUUCUACAGGUUUUCCUGAGUUUGGAAUCAAUACCAGACUCAUUAUUUCGCUCGGAUGAUGUGAAACAAGUUUUAGUUGGAUUGAUGAGAGAUCUUAGAGGAAUUGCAAUGGCUACCAGUAGUCGGAGGACAUAUGGUUUCCUUUUUGAUUGGCUAUAUCCAGCACGCAUGCCACUUAUACUGAAAGCCACCACUGUAUGGGCUGAUGUUUCAGAGGUCACAACACCAAUACUCAAAUUCAUUGCUGAGUUUGUGCUGAACAAGUCCCAACGCUUAAAUUUUGAAACAUCAUCUGCCAAUGGAAUACUACUUUUCAGGGAAGUCAGCAAAUUGAUAGUUGUGUAUGGAUCAAGAAUUCUGUCUCUUCCCAAUCAGGUGGAUAUGUAUCAGUUCAAGUACAAGGGGAUGUGGAUUUCUCUAACUAUUCUCGUAAGAGCACUUUGUGGUAACUAUGUCAACUUUGGCGUGUUCGAGAUAUAUGGGGACAGAGCACUUGCUGAUGCUUUAGAAACUGCUAUGAGGAUGGCUUUAUCUAUUCCUUUGACUGAUGUACUUGCAUACAGAAAGCUUGCAGCAGCCUACUUCACAUUUCUGGAGGCUCUAAUGAAAACACAGAUCUCAUUUGUUUUGAAUUUGGAUACAAGCAGCUUUAUGUUUAUUGCUGGAUCUUUGGAGUCUGGUCUUAAAGUACUGGAUGCAAAUAUCAAAUCACAGUGUGCAUCUGCUGUAGACAACUUGGCUUCUUUCUAUUUUGAAUGCAUAACAGCUGGAGAGUCACCUACUUCCCCAGCCGCUCUAAAACUUGCUCAGCAUUUCUCAGAUUGUCCUAAUAUUUUUCUUGAAAUAUUGAAGACUCUCUUUGAGAUAGUUUUAUUCGAAGAUUGUGGCAACCAGUGGAGCCUAAGUAGACCAAUGCUGAGUUUAAUAUUAAUAAGCGACGAGAUGUUCUCUAAUUUGAGGGCUCAGAUUUUGGCUUCACAACCAGUGGAUCAACAGCAGCGCCUUUCCUUGUGCUUCGAUAAACUUAUGUCCGAUAUAACUCGAAGCUUGGAUCAGAAGAAUAGAGACAAGUUCUCCAACAAUUUAACUAGAUUCAGAAAUGAAUUCCGGACCAGAUAAGACACUCUCAGCUCACUUAGUGCCAUUUUGUAUAUGAUCGCUCCUCCCUUCACCCUCUCCAAGACAAAUGAAGAAAAAGAACAGAUUUUAAAAGAAAUGCAACAAGAAAAACAAAAGAUAAGAUAGAUCAAUGUAGAAGAAAAGAAACAUACAGAGUAUUUGAAGCAUUGGAGGCGGUUGAACUACAUAUUCUCAAAAGAUUCAGUCUUUUAGCCUUUCUUUUGCCUUGUUGUAUGUGACCAAUAUCUGUAUUCUGUGUACAGUUAUUCAUUUUAUGAAUUGGGGUUUUGUCUUUUGAUGGUAGCUUGCCUUCUUCACUUUGCUGCCCAUAAAUUUCAAUUUGUCGGGCUUUUGUGCUCUUAAGAUGAAAUUAUAUAUGAAAAAUUCUAAGUUGGUGAUCAA